AUGUCUCCUCUAUCUAGACUAUUCCCAAUUUUACUCCUUCUUUUUAGUGUAGUCAAUGUAAACAGUGGAGUUUUGGGCAUUUAUCACUCCAUUGCAUGUUUAUUCAAAAGUGAGUGCUGCAAUGCUGCUUCUAUACCUGGAAACACAACUAGAAUGAAAGAAGAGUUUGAAAAGCAUGUUUUUGGCCAACAUAUUGCCACAGAUUUGGUGUUGAAUGCAAUUGCUGCACAUUGGAACAGCAACCAUGCAAAGAAACCACUCACGAUGAGUUUCCAUGGCUAUACAGGCAGUGGGAAGAACUUCAUUGCUCAAAUCAUCGCUGAGAGUUUAUAUGUUAAAGGAAUGAAGAGCAAAUAUGUCACUUUGUUCAGUCGGAUAGAUUUCCCUGAGAAAUCCAAUAUAAGCACCUAUAAAAAAAAUUUGUAUGAUUAUGUAAAAUCCAAAGUAAGUGAAUGUGGCAGACACUUAUUCAUCUUCGAUGAAGUGGAGCACAUGCAUCCCGGAAUUCUAGACGGUAUCAAAACCGUGCUGGAUUACUACGAUAACGUGGAAAACGUUGAUUACCGCCAGGCAAUCUUCAUCUUCCUAUCGAAUACAGGCGCGUUGUCCAUAUCCAACCAUUUUCUUGAAUUAUGGCGUGCUGGUGUUCAUCGUUCAUCGAUUAAACUCGUUAAUUUCGAGAUGCUGAUCGCCCAAGGCGCAUUCAACACCCACGGUGGAUUGUUUCGGUCCGAUACGAUUAAGAAUAAUCUAAUUGAUCAUUACGUGCCGUUUUUGCCGAUGGAGCGCGAACAUGUCGAGAAGUGCGUGCGAUCGGAGUUUGGGAUACGCGACGUGGUUGCUACCGAUGGCGAUAUUGAGGAGGUUAUGGCGUUCAUCGAAUGGGCACCGCCACCAGAGAAUAAAUUUGCAAAGACUGGUUGUAAGAGGAUAAGUCAAAAAGUGGCGACGAUGGCGUUCAAGCGGCGCCAUGCACACGAACAAAUCGAGCAUCGAGAGUUGUAGUUGUUAAGUUUUGUUAAACAAUUUGUGAUCAAGUUUAAAAUUAUCGUGUUUAUGUGAUUGCACCAUAAUAAAUUUAUAGCAGAUUA